GACCCCCAAAAAUGAGAAAAAACGUUUAAAUUCGUUUGAUUGGCUUAGAAGUUUCAUACAACUCAGCUUCUGUGUGUAUCAACAAACUUAUAGUAAUUUAGUCGUAAUAUUUGCGUGGGCGGUUUGUUAUGUCUUCAGAUCGAAAGCUUAUUGUCGUCUCCGGAUUUGGACCAUUUCUGGGGCACGAAUCCAUCAACGCCAGCUGGGAGGCUGUGAAGCUCCUGCCGGAUAUCUUAAGCUACAAUGGCGUGGACUACGACGUGGAGAAGCGCCUGGUUCCCGUCGAGUACUCGGCCGUGGACGAUGCUGUGACGGAGAUAUGGAGCCGCGAGCCAUAUCUGGUUAUACACGUUGGCGUUUCGGGCGUCGCCAAGUGCGUUUAUGUGGAGAAAUUGGCGUAUAACCACAAGUUCAGACGGCCGGACAACUCCGACAAUUAUUUGCCCAACGGCAGCUGUGAACUCCAGCGUAAUGGCCGCGCGAAUGUAUUGCGCUGUGGCCUUGAUGUGGAUAAGAUUGUGGCGACCGUAAAUGCAACAUGCGACGAGUGUGUGGCUCCCACUAAUCCCACCGACAACCCCCAUAAUGAUAACCCAAAGACACUGAGCGCCACAAAAGCCUCCAAAAACGUAGGGGAUUUCCUCUGUGGGUACAUCUAUCUAAAGUCUCUGGACAUGGACACCAAGCGGAGUCUGUUCGUUCACGUGCCGCCCAUAGACAGGCCUUUCAGUAGCGAGAAAACCUCAGAGAUUCUUUUCAAAAUAGUCGAACAAUGCGUUCAACAGGUGGUCGCCUGUGAAUGCAGCUCUUAAUUACAGGUUUUAAUUAUUACAAAGGACUGUGCAUUUUAUCGUUGUCUCCAUUUUCCGUGUUUUACAGUAUUGAAGUUAAGGGAAAUGAUUUUAAAACUUAAUAAAAGUACUCUUUUGAAUACAUAUUUUAAAGAAAA